AUGAAUACGAGAUUCAGCGGGCUAAAACUAGGACUUCCAAUAGAAGUUUUUGCACUUAAUAAAGCAUUUACGGAAGAUACUUACGAAAAAAAAGUGAAUUUAUCCAUAGGAGCUUAUCGUACAACUGAAGGAAAACCUUGGGUAUUACCAGUUGUUCGAAAAGUGGAAAAAUCAUUAGCUGCAGAUGAAUUGCAAAAUCAUGAAUAUCUUCCUGUCUUGGGAUUGGAUGCUUUUAGUCAAGCAGCAACAAAAAUGCUGUUGGGUGCUGAUUCUCCUAUUAUUGCACAAGGUCGAGCUUUUGGCAUUCAAACAUUAUCUGGUACUGGAGCAUUACGUAUUAUAGCUGAAUUUUUAAGUCGUAUUCUACACUAUGAUACCUUUUAUUAUAGUAAACCUACUUGGGAGAAUCAUAAACUUGUGUUCAUAAACGGAGGAUUCAAAAAAGCAUGUGAAUAUGUAUAUUGGAAUCCAGAAACCCGUAGUAUUGAUAUAGAAGGAAUGAUUAAAGAUCUUAGAGAUGCUCCAGAAAAUGCUGUAAUUAUUCUUCAUGCAUGUGCACAUAAUCCUACUGGCUGUGAUCCAACUCCUGAACAAUGGGCUAAAAUAGGAGAUGUAAUUGAAGAGAGAAAACUUUUUACUAUUUUUGAUAGUGCUUAUCAGGGUUUUGCAACUGGUGAUUUAGACAAAGAUGCAUAUGCUGUAAGAUUAUUUGCUGAACGUGGAAUAGAAUUUAUGUGCGCACAAAGUUUUGCUAAAAAUUUUGGCUUAUAUAAUGAAAGGGUUGGAAAUAUGGUAGUUGUUAUGUCUAAUACAAAAGAAUUGGCUCAAGUAAAAUCUCAAUUAACCUUGAUUGUUCGUGGAAUGUAUAGUAAUCCACCUAAUCAUGGAGCAAGAAUAGUUGCAACUGUAUUACAGAACCCAGAUCUAUACAAACAAUGGUAUGAUAUAAAGAACAAAAUUAAUUCGAUUCGUUUUACAAUAAAUAUUAAAGAUUUACUACAAUAUUAA